AUGCUGGCUCCCAUGGCCCUCCCCAGCACAUCCUGGAUGCUGCUCUCCUGCCUGAUGCUCCUGUCGCAGGUGCAAGGUGAAGAUUCCAAGAAGGAACUGCCCGUUCCACGGGGCAGCUGUCCCCAAGGCUCCUAUAUCUUUGGCUCCCACUGCUAUGCUGUGUUCAAGACUCCAAAAUCCUGACCUGACGCAAAUAUUGCCUGCCAGAAACGACCCUCAGGAUUCCUUGUGUCUGUGCUCAGUAAAGCUGAGACAUCUUUCCUGGCCACACUGGUCAAGAACCAUUUGAGAAACUCCCCAUAUGUCUGGAUUGGGCUCCAUGAUCCUACAGAGGGAGAUGAGCCCAGUGCAGGCGGAUGGCAGUGGAGUAACAAUGAUGUGAUGAAUUACUUUGCCUGGGAGAAAGAUCCUGCCACCAUCUCAAAUCCCGGGUACUGUGGGAGCCUGUCACAAACCUCAGGAUAUCUGAAAUGGAAAGAUUAUGACUGUCUUCAGAGGUUACCUUAUAUCUGCAAGUUCAAGGGUUAGGUCAGAUGGGAGUCAGAGUCCUGAGUUUCAUAGGCAGCUCCUCAUGAACGUGGGAGCAAUUGAGAAGAC